CCCUGGCUUCGGGAACUAUGGCACAAUUUAAUAAUAACUCUGUUUUGGUUGUCAUAACACUGCUUUUGUUAGUUCUGUUUGGGAAUUUAAGUGCUAUAAGCACGGAAGAGCAUCGAAAGUCCGAUCACAACAACGCAAUGGCAGGAUCUGGAGUUGCCAAGCAGCUAUUCGCCUGCAAUUUCGAGGUUUUUGGACGAGUGCAAGGUGUGUUCUUCCGCAAGUACACGGAGCAGGAGGCCAAAAGACUGGGAGUUAGAGGCUGGUGUAUGAAUACCCGGGAUGAGACCGUCAAGGGGCAACUAGAGGCUCCUCUAGCGGAGCUAAACGAAAUGAAACACUGGCUGCAGUCCAAAGGAAGUCCCAGUUCAAAGAUCUCAAAGGCUGAAUUUUCGCCAGCCCAGGAAAUCGAGGCCUAUACGUUCACAUCCUUCGCUAUAAAACGUUAAAAUCAAAUGGCUAGCUCGUACGUCUUAAAUAUUUAUUUUAAGACAUGUUAUUCGCGAAACCAAAUCAAAAUAAAAUACCAGGGCUGCAGCGAGGUCUGCAUUGCUAUCGACUGACUCGAUAAUAGUCGAUAGUGUUAAAAUAGCAAA